AUGGCUACCCCAAGCCCCCCAAACCUCUCUAAAACACUUUCCGACAAGGCCAGCAACCUUCUCAAUAAGGUCAACGAUGCUCAAUCCAUCUUCAACCCAGUUACCCAACUCCUAGAUACCUACCUAAGCUCUAAGGAAGUUCGCGCUCUCCCAUCAAGUUCACGAAAACUCCUUACCUCUCUUUGCCUUGAAUUUAAGGCAACCAUCGAACAAUACUUCGACACCUUUGCUCCAAGCCCUCCUAUACUCAAAAAAACUUUAUUUUAA